AUGCUACAACCAAGCUUCUCGGAUCGAACCGAUUUCGACAACGCCUCUCGAGGCUGGAUCGGGUCUCUCGAGCCCGGCGUCAUCCGAGCAGCCGAUGGCCGACCCGUCUACAACAACGACGCCUACCACUUCCUGCAGGGAUCAGAAUGUCCCAAAACAGCAAACCCAAAGCUAUGGAGACAGGGCCAAUUGGCAUCCAUGCAGGGACUCUUCGAAGUCGUCCCGGGGAUCUACCAGAUCCGCGGCCUGGACCUCGCCAACAUGACUGUGGUCGAAGGCACCGAGGGACUCAUCGUCAUUGAUCCUCUAACUUCCGUGGAAUGCGCUGCUGCUGCUCUGGCCCUGUAUAGGAAGCACCGUGGUGAUAGACCCGUUACUGGGGUAAUCUACUCUCAUUCCCAUAUAGACCACUUUGGCGGAGCGCAGGGUGUGCUUCCUGCCUCUGACGCAGUAAGAGCGAGCCCCAUCCCGAUUGUCGCGCCAGAGGGGUUCGUAGAAGAAGCCCUGAGUGAGAAUUUGUACGUUGGUCCGGCUAUGCGUCGUCGCGCGCAAUACAUGUACGGAGCUCAGUUACCCAAGGCUGCGGACGGUCAGAUUGGUUGCGGCAUCGGCAUGACCGUGUCGAUGGGAACAAACUCGUUUGUGCCUCCAAACACUAUUGUCACCUCGACGGGCGAAGAACGAAUCAUAGAUGGCGUCCGCAUACAAUUCCAACUCGUGCCCGAGACGGAAGCGCCAGCGGAGAUGAACUUUUACUUCCCUGAUCACCGCGCGCUGUAUAUUGCCGAGUGUGCAACGCACAGUCUGCAUAACAUCAUCACGCUGCGCGGGGCUCUGGUGCGCGAUGCGAAAGCCUGGGCGCGGUAUUUGGAUGAGUCGCUGGUCCUAUUUGGCCAGGAGUCAGACGUGUUAUUUGCGGGUCAUAAUUGGCCGACAUGGGGCUCAACGCAGAUUGAGCAGUUGCUGUCCGAGCAGCGAGAUCUGUAUGCCUAUCUACAUGACCAGACCGUGCGGAUGAUGAACCAGGGUCUCACGGGGAUUGAGAUCGCCGAGACCCUGACCCUCCCGCCGGCGCUGCAGACUGCAUGGCAUGCGCAGGGGUUCUACGGGUCGGUCAGUCACAACGUCAAGGGAAUUUACCAGCGGUACAUGGGAUGGUUCGACGGGAAUCCAGCACAUCUAUGGGAAUAUCCGCCCGUCGAGAACGCAAAGCGCUACAUUGCCUGUAUGGGGGGCAUUGACGAAGUGGUCCGCAAGGCAGAAGGUUUCGCGCAAGACGGAGAUCUCCGUUUCGCCGCGACGCUGCUGGGACAUGCAGUUGCAUUUGAUGCAAAGCAUGAGCAGGCCAGACGUACGCUGGCAUCGGUAUUCGAGCAGUUAGGGUUCGGAGCGGAGAACGCGACCUGGCGGAAUUUCUACCUCUCCGCGGCGCGCGACUUGCGCGGGGAGCACCAGCAACCAAAUACAAAUAAACUACCGUCGAGGACCCAGAGUCGCCAGUUGAACCCACGCCAGUCGGUGGAGCAGUGGCUAACUCUGCUGUCGGUCCGGCUGAAUGGACCAGCCGCGGCGAGCGAGGCAUUUGCCCUCGAUGUGCAUGUGACAGAUGAAAAGCAGUGGUGGAGACUGAUGGUUAGCAACGGUGUUUUAACUAGCAGGAAAACCUCCGAUCGGACGGCUAUUCAAGGCGAGACAAAUUUUACAAUGUCUCUUACGAAGCAGCGACUGUGCGAAAUCCUGAGCGGCAAUGCAGAUCUUGGCGACGUCGAACAGGAGGGCGAUGAAGCAUGGCUCCACCGAUUUCUGUCUUUGACAGCGUGAUCCGGCAGUUAAGCUGCCCGACCUAGUUAUCAAAAAGAAACCCCUUGGAUAAAUCAUCAUCCAGGCUCAAAAGGUCUGGUAAAAGGCCUUGCUGUUUGUGGUGGACCAAUUGUUUUCGUUUCACCAUCCCGUGUCUGAGAAAGCCCUAAGCAAGUCGUCGCAAGCGAAGAGGAAAAAAACCGAG